GGAUGGAUGAGCGCCAUAUUGCGCCUGGCUGAACAGAGGGAGGGGAAAUCUGCGGCUGCGAAGCGUCUCUCUCACCAGCACCUCGUCUCAUCAGCAAGACUUCAACUAGAAGACGCAGAGAGAAGUCACACGGAGCUCAGGCCUCUUCUUCUUUUAAAACGAACGGCUCCUUGCACAGAGGAACGGAAAGGACAGAAACAUGCCCAAAGCGGUCAAUGUUCGCGUCACCACCAUGGACGCUGAGCUGGAGUUCGCCAUCCAGCCCAGCACCAACGGCAAGCAGCUGUUUGACCAGGUGGUGAAAACCAUCGGCUUACGUGAGAUCUGGUACUUCGGACUUCAGUACAUGGACAGCAAAGGUUACUACACUUGGCUGAAACUGGACAAAAAGGUGUCGUCUCAGGACAUGAAGAAAGAGAACCCUCUCCAGUUUAAAUUUCGGGCCAAAUUCUUCCCUGAGGAUGUUUCCGAGGAGCUGAUCCAGGACAUCACGCAGAAGCUCUUCUUCCUGCAGGUGAAGGAGGGCAUCCUGAGCGACGAGGUCUACUGCCCGCCAGAGACUGCCGUGCUGCUCGCCUCCUACUCCGUCCAGGCCAAGUGUGGAGACUACAACAAAGAAGUCCACCGGCCCGGAUACCUGCUGUCUGAACGUCUGCUGCCACACAGAGUCCUGGAGCAGCACAAGUUAUCCAGAGAACAGUGGGAGGAGAGGAUUCAGGUGUGGCACGAGGAGCACGGUGGGAUGUUGAAGGAGGACGCCAUGCUGGAGUACCUCAAGAUCGCCCAGGACCUGGAAAUGUAUGGCGUCAACUACUUUCAAAUCAAGAACAAGAAGGGGACAGAGCUGUGGCUGGGGGUGGACGCCCUGGGACUCAACAUUUAUGAGAAGGAGGACAAAUUGACCCCAAAGAUCGGCUUCCCCUGGAGUGAGAUCAGAAACAUUUCCUUCAACGAUAAGAAAUUCAUCAUCAAGCCCAUCGACAAAAAAUCCCCGGACUUUGUGUUUUAUGCCCCGAGACUGCGCAUAAACAAGCGCGUCCUACAGCUGUGCAUGGGCAACCACGAGCUGUACAUGCGACGCCGCAAGCCGGACACGAUCGAGGUGCAGCAGAUGAAGGCGCAGGCCCGAGAGGAGAAGCAGCAGAAGCAGAUGGAGAGGUACGCACACAUCUGGAGGGAAGACACACGAAACCCUUAA